UGUACAGUAGGAAACUAACGACUUACUAGGUAAUUAUAGGCGCUAUUAUAUAGGCGCUGAAGUGGCCUGUUAGGUGCUUUGGGUUGGUGCUGAGCUAGGUAUUGCUCUCCAAGCAACCAAAGCACGCCAGCCAAAAAAUGACCAUGACCCUCCCUUGCUCACACACACACACACACGCAUGCUCUCGCCGACCAGGCCCUACCACUUUUCGUCCUCUUCCCUCGACCCUCCUGCUCUCCCUCGCCCCCCUCAGUCCAGAGCCAUGACAAGCUUGGUCAAUGUUGUGCGAUUGUCACAUUCGUCUUGUAUUUUCGCCUGAUUUCUUGUAAUAGCGGAUUGUCCCAGAGUCGCAUUGCAUUGCAUUGGCCAAAGAAAGAGCUUCGUCUCUUUCCCUCGUUCCGAUCCUCUCGUCCCUCUCUUCCCUUCAAGUCGUCUCGGUCCAACAGCGCCUACCUACCUACCCACUCCGCCUUCGUAACAACAAAGCUCUCACUCGGCUACCUGGACCAAGUCAAACGCCUGUUCUAACUCGAAAUCUCGUCGCAUUCGAAUUCAUCUUACUGGUGCUCGCGUCGCGUCCUCGAACCCCUCCUCGUCCUCGCUCUUUUCCACCUCCCGUCUGCCUCCGUCCACCCGUCGCCUUGCUACCGAGCGAUGGCCGGCGCCUCUCCCACCAGACGCUCUUCUCGUGCGCGGAUCACACAAUCCCAAUCACAGGUUUCUUCCACCGCCUCCAGUGCUUCUGGCCGUGUCGAGCGGGCCACCAGAGGCUUUACGAAGACCGGAUCGCCUCAGAAAUCCACCGGCAGCGGAUCACUCUCCUCAGAGCCACCCGAGGACUCAACUACCACCGAAGACACCAUUCUUCGCCGUCGUAGCACGCGCGGAAAAGACGACGACCGCGACAAGCAGCCGAAACAAGAUACCGUCGACAUGCCUCCCGCCCCCGACGAGAUCCACGAGGACGACGAAUCUGUCCGCUGCAUCUGCGGCCAUGAUGAGUACCCGGGGCCACCUCCCUUUGAUGAAGACUCCAAGCACGGUGUCAAGGACGCAAUUGACCACGAACGCAUCUUCGCCAUUGAGAUUACCGACGACUUGGCCGGUUUUUUUGUUCAAUGCGAGAUCUGCAACACAUGGCAGCAUGGCGCUUGUGUCGGCUUCACCACUGAAGAGUCCAAUCCCGAAGACGUCGAGUAUUACUGUGAGCAAUGUCGUAAAGACCUACAUAAAAUAUAUACUGCUAGCAAUGGACAAAAAUACUCCAUAUUUCUACCUAUUCACCGACCCUCUCAAGCUGCGUCGCGUGCCACGUCCGCUGCGAAAGAAGAUGCGCGAUCACCCAAGAGUGGCAACAAUAAUAGCAAAACCCCUCGUACCGCCGCCGCCGCUGCUGCACAACAUGCUUCCAAAAGACGGUCUACCAUGAACAGUCGAGAUGCCGCUUAUGAUGAGGAAGAACAGCUUCGUCGUGCUAUCGAAGCAAGCAAGGAGGAUACAAUUCCAGAAGAGGCCGACAUGGUCAACAGACGUCCUAAAAGAGGGAGAGAAGACAGCGAAGAGAAGGCAGACAAUGUUAAAAGGCAACGCACAAACUCGAAAUCGCCGUCUCCAGCUCCGGAAAAGCCAGAUGCCACUGUCCUCGAUGAGUCUGACGAUGAACUGGCUCUCCGAAACGGACACUCGAAAAAAUCGCGAAAUACUGUGCGAAACCAGCGAGAACGCGCUGAGCGGGAAGAACGUCGUGAGGAGCAAGAACGCAAACGGGCCGAGGCAGCAAGUAAACGCAAAGGCCGUGCCGAGCGUCGUCGAGCUGAUGAUUCAGAUCCCUCAGACGAGUUACCACUCGCCACACGGACGGUAGCAAGUCGAGUCACAGAGUCUGCUCAACCUCCAGAUCCUCCAGUUCCUUCAUCCCAACCUCCCCCUGAUACCCCGCCUAUUCCUCAAGCAACUACAACUACAAGCAAGAAAAAAGCCACACAAUCUAAAAAGAAGGGGCGCAAUCAGUACACGAAAGACCGCGACCACGAGCAUGAAGCUUCGCCUGUGAGGUCCGUUUCACGUGACAUAUCCAGAAAUGCUGAUGAAGCAGGAACAACUACGAAGCACACAGGGCAUGAGACAACUAGCAAACAUAGUAAAGCAAGAGGCGGUAUGAAUUCCAAGAUAACAAUGAGCGACAUGAAAAGACGCGUGCACGGAAUUUUGGAGUAUAUUACUCGCAAACAGGUCGAGCUCGUGAACGACCCGUUAUCUGAAACAACGUCAACCGCUAGCCAAGCUGGCACAGAAGAUGAUGCUGUGCCUACAAGCAAAGUCAACGGCGACAGCCCCACCAAGAAGCCUGUAGUAGAGAUCCCCAUUACAAAUGGAGCAGGGAGUAACCUGCCGACAGAUCCCACGGCCAUUUUUAAAGAUAUGAGCUGCGUGGAAAUGAUGGAUUCCUUGACACGGGAUCUGAUGAAGUGGCAGCAGGAAUUCAUACACUGACCGGAAUCACUCUUGCUUGAGGCCUCUUUUCCCCUCAUCAAAUU